AUGAUCUAUGCUGAUCUUUAGUUCCAGAAAGCUGACUCUGAUCUGGACUACAUUCAGUACAGGCUGGAAUAUGAAAUCAAGACUAAUUAUCCUGAUUCAGGAGGCAAGAAAAAUCCAGUUACACUUUUAAAGGAAUUGUCAGCAAUAAAGUCUCGAUAUCAAACUUUGCAAGUUCGCUUUAAACCAAUUGCUGUGGAGCAGAAAGAGACUAAGAGCCGCAUUUGUGCUACUUUCAAUAAGACUAUGACCUUGAUACAGGAACUGCAGAAGGAAACAGACCUGGAGUUGUUACCACUGACUGAAGAAGAGAAAACUGCGGCAGAGCAAUUAAGAGCUCACCUGUCAGACUUAUGAGGAAGAAAUGGACUUGCAAAAAGGAACUCUGAUGGGGAAGAAAUCAAUCCCAUAAAUUUAGGAAGAUGUCUUGUUAACAUUGAUGACUAUUGGUCAGGAGAUGACAAAGGAGAUUUGGUUUGGGUGACUGGAUAGUGAUGCCUUCCACAGAAGAAGGGGAUACAAGAGAAGGGCAGAUAUUGUAUUAAUAAAGUUCAGCCAAAGGGGCAGAAUGGAAAUAAAGAGAUUUUUAAAAUAUAUGCACACAUGCUUAGUAAUUUCAGGCAAGGAAAUCCCAACACCAUUUUGUAUCUGUUUUUGUAUAACUGGGAUAACACAGAUGUCCUGACUGACCUAUUGCAAAAGAAUAUUACAUACUAUCAGUCAGUCAGAUGUGAAUGAACAUG